AUGCUGCUUCGUUCUCAUAACCCCAACACCAAGAACUUAAACUGCCAGGCUUCCAAAAGCUUUUCCCCAGAGAUAGCAAACAUGUCUGCUCUCCAGGCUACCACGUCCUCCACUUCCAAAUCCAACUUUGAUGAGCGUCGAUGGGUUAUCAACAUUCGUCGAUCCCUGGAUGAAGAGGUCGAAGGAGAUAUCGAAGUUCCGGUUUGCAUUUUCAAUGUUCCCAAAACACUAAUGUCUAGUAAUCCUGAAUCUUACAUCCCUCAAUUGGUGGCUCUGGGUCCUUACCAUUAUUGGCGUCCGGAGCUUUAUGAGAUGGAAAGAUACAAAUUGGCCGCAGCGAAAAGAACUCAGAAGCAGCUGCAAAGUCCUAAUUUUCAUACUCUUGUUGACCAAUUGGCAAAGCAUGAACCCCGGAUUCGAGCAUGUUAUCACAGCUAUCUGGAUUUCAAUGGUGAAACGUUAGCUUGGAUGAUGGCCAUUGAUGCUUCAUUCUUGCUUGAGUUUCUUCAAAUCUACGCUCUCAAAGAAGGAAAGACUCUGUCAAGAGUUUCCUCAAGGAUGUCACAUUUGGUUGAUUAUACAGGGAGGAAGUCAGCUCACAAUGCAAUUCUGAGAGACAUUGUGAUGCUUGAGAAUCAAAUUCCUCUGUUCAUUCUUCAAAAGGUGCUAGAAGUCCAAUACUCGUCAAUGGAAACAGCUGAUGAUAUGUUACUUUCGAUGUUAAGGGGGUUAUGUCAGGAGCUCUCCCCUUUUAAAAUGAUGGAGAACAUGCCAAAGAUUGAUAUCUCCAGGUGUGCUCAUGUUCUAGACUUUCUGUACGACAUGAUCGUGCCGAAGGUGGAUGAACCAUCCAUAACAAACGAAGCGGAGGAUCAGAAAGAAGCCCCAGAAGACAAACAAAGUGACAUCGAUUCUACAGAUCCAAGUUAUUUGAAACAACUGCUGAGUGAGGUCUGGAAUCUGCUUUCGAAAAUAAAGAGAGGUCCGUUACGUCUCAUCAAAGCAGUGCUGCUAUCCAGACCUGUUAGAGUCAUUCUUAAAUUGCCCUGGAAAAUCCUCUCUAACCUCCCUGGAUUUUCAAUCCUGAAGCAACCGAUUGAAUAUCUGCUCUUUUCACAAGACAAGGAGGCAGAAAAAUCAGAAACCAGUUCUGGCCUCAACAAGCCACCCCUGGUAGAGGAGAUUGCAAUUCCCUCCGUUGCUGACCUUUCUAAAUCAGGAGUCCGUUUUUCACCCACUAAUGGCAGCAUUUCAAACAUUAGUUUUGAUGUCAAAACUGUUACAUUAUAUCUCCCUACUAUCAGUUUAGAUAUUAAUACAGAGGUGGUCUUGAGGAACUUGGUCGCAUAUGAAGCAUCAAACGCAUCAGGGCCUUUGAUUUUCACUCGCUAUACCGAAUUGAUGAAUGGAAUCAUCGAUACCGAGGAAGAUGUCAAGUUACUGAGAGAAAGUGGCGUAGUUUUAAAUCAUUUAAAGAGUGAUGAAGAGGCUGCAGACUUGUGGAAUGGGAUGAGUAAGUCCAUCAGACUGACCAAAGUCCCGUUCUUAGAUAAGGCGAUUGAAGAUGUUAACAGGUAUCAUAAUUGCAGAUGGAAUAUUAAAGCCAGAAACUUCUUUAAGCAUUAUGUAUACGGUUCCUGGCAGUUUUUGACAUUGCUAGCUGCAAUUAUGCUACUAAUCUUGAUGACAUUCCAGGCCUUUUGCACCGUUUAUAGCUGCUUCAGAAUAUUAGGUACCCAGACCUCUGAUUGA